AUGCCCAUUCGAACGCUACCUUCAGUGGCCGUCUUCACGCGUCGCGUGCCUUUGCGAUUGGCAUCGACCAGCGCCAAACCUAUCCCCAAAUACACCGGUCGCAUUCCGAAGCCUGCUCCUCCACCGCCAGGUCCUGGCGAGCUACAGAGUCCUAGCAGCAACAAAGAAACUUCCCAGGCUCGCAAAGCCUUCAAGGAUGUUAUAGAAGAGGAUAAAAAGAAGGACUACAAGAAGAGAUACAAUUCCGCCUUCUGGAACUGGAUGCGCAUCAUCUGCGCUGCUCCAAUUGCUCUGGUCCUCGCUCCGUACUUGUUCAACAGAGGUGCGACAAUUCUACGUGUUUAUCAAGUACAACAACUCUGA